AUGCCGAAGCCGUGUGACGCCUGUCAAAGCGUCACGGCAUUGCUCUACUGCCGAGCAGAUUCCGCCUAUCUCUGCGCCGGCUGCGACGGCAAGAUCCAUGGCGCAAACAAGCUCGCCUCGCGACACGAGCGCGUCUGGGUGUGCGAGGUCUGCGAAAUGGCGCCAGCGGCUGUAACCUGCAAAGCGGACGCCGCGGCGCUCUGCACGACGUGCGACGCCGACAUUCACAAUGCGAACCCGCUCGCGCAACGCCAUGACCGAAUUCCCGUCGUCCCGUUCUACGAAAGCCCUUCCAUGGUCAAAGUCGCCCAUAUCCAAUCCGCUGUAAACGGAAUCGUUCUUCCCGGAUCCGAUCUCCUUCACCCGGGGGAACACGGCCUCAAGGGGCUCGGCCUCCAUUUAUCCGAGCGGAACCAGGAACACCUCGGUCAUAACCAUCCCGAUAAUGAGGAAGCCUGUGACGAGGAUACAGCCGGCGAUACGGCCAGUUGGCUCCUCAACCCGUCCCUCAACCCCGCUGCCGCCGCCGCCGCCGCCGCUGCCGCUGCCGCUAGUCGACUCGGCAGCAGCAGCGACCCCUUGUCGUCUCUCCCGUUCUCUAACAUCGGCCUCUAUCCUCCAUCUCUCGGCCUCAACCCGACGUCGCUCCUCCCCCACCCGAACGCUCUCUCGCUCAUGAUGAAACCCCCUACUUCUUCCCCCGCGAUCCCCGCCGCUGCCACCGCCGCCGCCGCAGCCGCUGCCACGAUGAGCGGCGCGCUCCCGCAGUCUCGGCUCAUGAAAGCAGGAGGCGCGGAGGGAGGAGCAGCAGCAGCAGGAGCAGCAGGAGGAACAGGAGGCGCAGAUCUGUUGUUCGACGUCGACCCAUUUUUAAAUCUUGAGACGUUUGCAGCUGCUAGCGCUCAUAACCAUAGUCACAACCACCACGCCCUUGCUCAUGGUCAUCUCGCCGCGGCUGGGGGUCUGCCGACUAGUGCGCAGCUGCUGCAGAGCUUGGCUGCCGGGGCUGGCUUAGGUUCGACGGGGCUAGGUCCGGCGGGUCUGGGAGGCGCGGGUUUCGGUUCGGCGGGGAUCGGGAGGGUCGCGAAGGACAGCAUGGUUCCUGUUCAUACGACCGAUGUGCGACAAUGCUCGCCCUCCAUUUCUAACGCGUCUUCGUUCGACACUCGCGCGCUUCGGGCGCUACCGUUGGCGACUCCGGGGACUUCAGGAAGUUUGUCACCAUCCGCGCUCGAUAAUGGAGUCGUGCCAGACGUGCUGGGUCGACCUAACUCGCUCGACGGAAGCAUGGCUUUGCCGUUUGAUGCUUCUCCGCAUGGAGCGGUGGGAGCGACGGCCGGUAACAGCCCGAUGGUGGCGAUGGCUCGCGAAGCUCGCGUGAUGCGGUACCGCGAGAAGCGGAAGAACCGGAAGUUCGAGAAGACGAUUCGCUACGCAUCGCGGAAGGCCUACGCCGAGAGCCGACCCAGAGUAAAGGGUCGCUUCGCCAAGAGAACUAACAAUACCGAAGAGGCUUCUACAGUGGAAUUUUCUGGUGCAACCACGGAGUCGAGCUUCGGGAUGGUUGCCGCCUUCUCUUGA